GCUGCUCGAAAGAGAGGAAAGCAAACAAUUUUCAGGCCCGCCGCGUCUAGCAAAAAAUAUGAGAAAAAAAUUAUUAAAAAUUCGGAAAAUAGUUGAAAGUCAAGAAAAACUCAACAGAAAGGAUGUUAAACCGUCCGGGGCCCCUGAGUCCAGGUGGUGUUGAGCACAUAAAACUGGAUAGAAUAAUUGCAUCAGUACUAGCUGAUCACAGCACCCCUGUCCAUGUAGCUGGUCUGCCUUAGGGUGCCAUGGCCACAGGAACCCAGGGCCACAACAUCUUGGAGAAGGCCAAGCCGACACCACCCACAGGGAAGCACAGGAGAGCAGAAGGGAAGCCCAAGAAGAACUUCUCCUGCCAGGAGUGCCAGAAAGCUUUCAACAGUGUGGAGAAGUUGAAGGUGCACUCGUACUCUCACACAGGGGAAAGACCCUACCGCUGCUCCCACCCUGAAUGCACCAAGGCUUUCGUCUCCAAAUACAAGCUGCUACGGCAUAUGGCAACUCACUCACCAGAAAAAAACCACAAGUGUUUAUACUGUGAGAAAAUGUUCCACCGCAAGGAUCACUUAAAGAAUCACCUACACACUCAUGACCCGUACAAGGAGGCAUUCACCUGUCAGGAGUGUGGUAAGAGCUACAACACCAAGCUGGGCUUCAAACGUCACCUUGCACUCCAUGCUGCCAACAGUGGAGACCUCACCUGCCAGGUGUGCCUGCAGCCGUUCCCCAGCACUGGGGUUCUUCUAGAACACCUCAAAACACAUGCCGGCAAGUCCUCUGGUGGGACCAAAGAGAAAAAGCACCACUGUGAGCAUUGCGAGCGGCGAUUUUACACACGUAAAGAUGUGCGACGCCACAUGGUGGUGCACACCGGACGCAAGGACUUCCUUUGUCAAUAUUGUGCCCAGCGCUUUGGCAGAAAGGACCACCUGACACGUCAUGUGAAGAAGAGCCAUGCCCGGGAGCUGCUGAAGGUAAAGACUGAGCCAGCUGAUUCGCUGGAGUCUGUUGUCUAUGACUUAGUGUCUGGGGGCAUUAAGGGUGAGCUCCCACUGACGCAGAGACCACACCAGCUCAACAUGUACACCAGCCCCAUCCUGGACACAGAGCCUUUCCCCACCCCUACACCCCCCCUUUCUUUAAAGUGCUCACUGGGCUCUAACUUUACCUCAUACGCCGGCUCCUCACAGGAGCGUGAGCAGAAUCUAAAGGGAGAACUGGAGACCUACCUGAUGGAGCUGCAGAGCAGCAUGCCCUCAUCAUCUUCAGCAGCCCAAGAAAGCCAACUCUCCUCCUCCAAGCUUGAGUUGGAGCCUCAAGUGAGCGUUCUGGAGGGAGUAAGGGAGGAUGUGUCCCUAUCCAAAAUGUCCACACCACUGGCAGCAGCCACUGCAGGAGACUCUCUGGCCUCAUCCUCCUCCCUGAUGGACUUUUCACAGCUUUUCAACUUUCUUCCGCUCAAUGGGCCGCUGUACAACCAGGCAGGGGGCAACGGGGGGCAGGGUGUUGCCUAUCCACCCAACGAAGAGCCUCCACCUCUGGUUCAGCUACCCCCCCAGCCCUCUGAAGGCCCACAAGCCACAGAGACUCCUCUUCAUGGGCUUCCUUCCUCCUUCAUAUCCAACCUGAGCACACCCACCACACUGCCCCGCUUUCACCAAGCAUUUCAGUGAUUCAAUAUGUACUGCACCUGGCACACGUGCACCGUAACACCAGUAUACUGCAUGUCGAGUGGUAUGACCACAUCAGCAUGCAGACACCAAAACAAGAUGCCAGUUACAUGUUUGAAGAUUUUAGCAUCUCUGUCCUUUUAUAUGACAGCAUGAGCAGACACCAGAUGAUUAGCAGCACACACACACACACGUGUCUACACAAGGUCUGGCUUAAUCAGCUUUCUGAUGGUAACUGCUGGGAUGUAUUUCAUUACAGUCAAAGAAUUCUUUUGUGCUGUGGGUUUUCCAAAUUCUUGAUAUCUUGCUAUUUGCAAGUUUUAUAAUCUGCUGUGAUCUGUUCUGAUUUCCAGAAGAAAUUACUUUUUGCAAAUAGCUUCAGGCUACAGUUUACAUAUCAGUCUUUAAUAACAUUACAAGUAGUGGCCCUCAGUCAUGGGUUCAUCCUUCAACAAAUUUCAGUACACCACUGCGCCCCUAGCAUCAGUGCAAAGACAAGCCACAUAAACAUAAUUUGAGCAAAAAUGGCAAAUACAGAACACAGUGGAACUCUUCAGUAGUAAAUGAAGUCAUAGUAUAUGAUACUGCUACAUUUUGCUGCUAUUUUGUUAAUUUUGCCAAAAGAAUGGGACGCUGGUCUCCUGGAUCAUGUCGAGAAAUAAUGCAAAAAUAAUAAGAUAAACUAAGUUGCAAAAUAUAGUAGAUAUAAUAACUGAGUACAUACAAAGCAAGAAAAGGGCUGCGAUUCAGAGCUAAUAUUAGAAAAAGAAAACCAGUUCAUUAAGCAAAGCAUGGUAGAUUUUGAUUAUUACAGAAGCUCAUCUUUCCUACUUAAAACUUGCAAAAAAUAAAAUGCUGUUAAAUGUACUGACAGAGGGUUUCAACCUCUUUGGGAAUAGUAAAAUGUUGACACACCCCAAAACUCCACAAAAAAUCCCCAGCUGUCCCUGUAGUAGUACUGUAAUACUGUAGCUGUCUUUGAGUUUAUAAGACUUGUGCUUUCACUCCAAUACUGUGACAGUGAUAGGGACUCAAAGCACUGAACAAUUCAGCCCAGUGUACUUACUAAUAACAAAAGAAAUUUGUUUCCAUAUUGGGUGGUUUUCAUGUAAAAAAAAAAAAAAUCGGAUUUACAGACACUGAUAUAAACAUGUUUGCAUUUCAGUGAAAUCUGAUAAUCCACCAACACACUGGUGUUGAACUUAAUGUGAUUAUUAAAUCAGGGCAAAUUCAUCCAAAAUUAUCUGCAUGGAUAGAUAAAAAAAUGAACUGUAUAUUUAAUUCAAAUAAUAGAAACCUAAGAUAAAGUCACCCUUUUUAAAGGGCAUUUUGGUGUGAACACAUCUGUUAUUCUUAUCUUAUCAAGUGAUGGUGUUUUCUACUGUCACACAGGGCUUCCAUCUCUCACCAAACCAUUGGGAGGGGUGCUUCUCAGCAUUGUCCAAGGCUUUUGUUAACUGAGAUUUGGGGCAAAGCUCCAUCCAGCCCAGCAUUUCAUGCCAUUGAAACAUUGGUGAAUGUUCAGUCAUGAGUAGUGAAGAGAAUCAGUGAGCAGUACAGUAGCUGCAUUUCACCUCAGAUAGAAAAUCAGUCUGCACAUCUUGUCUGCUUAUGACAUAACUGACAUGACAUGACUAUCGUGUAUCAUUCAAGACACAGUCAUAUUCAAAUCAUACUUGUGCCUUUUCAAGAAAUACUUUUAAACUGUUUAGCUGUUUGCUGCCAUUUAAAAUCAAUCUGGAAAAAACAAAAGGGACGCUUUUUGAAUGUUACAAUUAAGAGCUGCAAUGGAUCAGGUGCACAACAUAUUUUAUAUUUAUAUAUUUUAUUUUACAGUAGCAUCCUCUAACAUCACCUUUCAGUAAGAAAAACCUAGAUUCUAUUAACCAACUCCAAAAUUUCCAAAGAUUUAUGCUGGACAGACAUCUAGAAUUAUUUAGAUGGCUCUUAGAACAUGGAGUCCUGGGUUUGAAUAGUAUGUAUUGAGUGUGUAAACAUUACAAACCUCCGGUGACAUGUUGGAACAGGCAGAUAUAGAAUGGAGUAUAUGAGAAUAAAUGAGGUUAUUAAGUGAAAAGACAUGUUCAAGAUAUUUUUGCUGACAAAAUACUAACAGAAUCAGAGAGUAAACUACAGUUAGCACUGACAUGUUUCUUAGACAUGUCAAUAACAGCUACCAUCAGCGGUCUCGAUUGUGUUGUUCAUUUAGAUUUUCUAAAUGUGUUGUACUGAAUAGUUGCUAUAGGUGUUGUUGCUCAUAUAAAGGUCCUUUGUUUAGGCUACAUUCAUUUUGACCUCAGAACUCCGUGUGUCACUCCAUGAUAAAUUUUUUAAUGCAAACCUUAGUGAAAAUUCACUUUUUUUUAAUCACCUUCGCAAAAAUUCCUGGUCUGGAUAUCACCUGAAAUACUUGGUCUGUAUCAUAAACAUUUGAGAGAUCAUACAAAGACAUUAAAAGAUGUAUCCAUAUGCUGCAUAUUAGGCAAACUCCAGAUUUAACAUGCAGAAUGCUGAGGUCAUAAGUGUCUAGGUUACUUGUCAGUCCUAUUCCUGUUACUGUGUUUUCUAGGUGCUGCUAGCUAUGGGAUAAUGAUCGUAGUCUCCUUUCUUAGACAAAUAUUACUACAUUAGCACUCAUUAGCCAGCAAAGUAGGGAUGGCUAUCACCCGAAUACCGACUUCUGUACGGAAAGCAGGUUUAUAAUUCUUAUAGUAAGCAUGUCAAACUGGCAUUAUUAACACAACAACCCACAACAUUAAUAAACUAUGAAAGCUCAUAGUGUUGAUGUUAGCUGAUGAAUAUUUUUUUCCUAAAACAAAAAUGACAUUUUAUCUGGAUACAUGAAAUGUUUGAUUCAUAUAUAACCCAACAGUGUUUUCAUUUACCUCACAUACUCAUCUUGUUUUUGUGUUCUGGGCUUCACAAAUAACAAUGAACUAGAAGUGUUAAGUCCUCCCCAAGCCUUCCCCUUUUCCUUCCUGAAUGACAGGACCUGAUGAGACAUGAAUGAAGACAAUAUUUUUCUGGGUGGUGUGAAAGGCGUAGUUGAAUGUGUAAUGUUUUGAACCAUUUAUGGAAGUUUGCCAUUUGUAUCUUGUGAAGGUUUGUGGUUUUACAAGAAAUGUUUCCAAGGCUCUCUCUCAUAGCACUUUUUGUAAAUUGAAUGCCUUCAUUUCCUCCAGUAUCUUUUGUGUAAAGCCUUUAUUACAAAUGUAUAAAUGAUAUAUUUAGCUCUCGUAGAGAACAGUAACAUGUACAUAGAAUAUAAAAUGGUUUAUUUUUACAGGUACAAUUUUCAUAAUUUUUCCUAUCAAACUGUCAUUUUUGCUUUACUUGCACAAGUAUUCUGUGUAUCUCAUUGAGGGGGGCUUUGUGUAGAGAAAGCAUAGUGACUGUUCAACUGCUUGUUUAGGUGAGAGCACAUGAAAUAAAUGAAGCUUAAAUUGACAGUUAUACAGCAAUCAGAUCAUCUUGUCAUGGGUUGUUUAAUUGGUUGUUAAACAGACAAACAAGAUACAUGUUCAAUAAGGUCAUUUUGUCCUCAUUAAUUAUCCUUACUGACAAGUGUGUCCUUAUGAAGUGGUUCCAGUCUGAAACCUGUUGCCUGAACAUGAAUUUUGCAAUCAGUUAAUUGCAGGUGUAACUUGAUGUAUAGUUCAUAUGGACUGUAUGACAGAAUCCAGGGACUUCCAUGGAUUAAAGAUGAAAAAGUUAAACACAUGGGAGAAAGUAUAUCCAGGUUUUAAAUCUGGUAUCAGAUCAAGCUCAUAAUUCUAAACCAAGCCUAAACUGUCCUGGAUAGUGAAAGAAGAAUGUGUUCCUAAGUCAUGCCAUGGCCAGGAGGCAGGAGAUGUUCUUCAGUGUGAGGUAUAGACCUUUAGCAAUUUAACAAUUGUUAAAUUGUUAUUAGCUUCAGUGGUACCAGUGAACUUUAUUGAAUGUGUAUGUAAGAAACACUGCAAUAUAUUUUGGUACUGGAUCAAGCUGCUAACAUACUUACAAAGCUCCCUAAGGUGCUACAGACCUCUUUUCUAGUUCUAAAAGGUGUCAUUUGUACAAACAAAGUAUGAAGUGUAGCUGAAGAGUUGUGUGUCUGGUUGUUAUAUAUAUAGUAGCUACGUUUAUUUUAUUGUACUGUGACUUUUGUAGUCUUUUCAGAGACUUGCCUGUAAAACUCACAUGCCCCCAACCCCCCUCCCCACCUGUGUGUUUUCAUAUUUGGAGACUGAGUCAUGGUGAGGGAUUGCUCUGAGUGAAGUCAUCCAGCAAAGAUGAGGAAAUCAGUUCUGACAGUGAGAAAUACAACUCCAUGUGAUGCCAUUCAAAAUGAGCGAGGAAGUUCACAGACGAACUGCAUUCCAGCCAUGUUGGUUGUGUUGCAUUUCAAAAAGUCACCCUUUGACAAUAAUGGACUCAUU